GACAGCUGUUUGUUUUCUUUGAUUUUCUAGUUUGUCGAAUUAUUUCGAGUCAUUGAAAAAUAAGAUAUAUUUGAUAUAUCCUCAGUAAAUCACAGUUUUUUAUCGCACACUUCGUUAGUGCAAAUCAAAUCGUGAUCAAAAAUGGAAACAAAUGAUGUUAACUCAGAGGUUGUGUAUGGGACUCAAGACGAUACUGCAUUGGUUAUGUCGGAAAAGGUACAAUCUCUAGCCGGUUCAAUUUACCAAGAAUUUGAACGCAUGAUACAACGAUACGAUGAAGAUGUUGUAAAAACUCUUAUGCCCCUGCUUGUAAAUGUACUUGAAUGUUUAGAUUCCGCAUAUCAAAUAAAUCAAGAACAAGACGUCGAACUAGAACUGCUUCGAGAGGACAAUGAGCAACUAGUAACACAGUAUGAAAGAGAGAAAAGUGCUCGAAAGCAGUCUGAGCAAAAACUUUUGGAAGCCGAAGACUUAGCAGAGCAAGAAAACAAAGAGUUGGCUGGUCGAUUGGAAUCGCUUGAAAGUAUAUUAAGAAUGCUGGAAUUGAAACAUAAAAAUAGUCUAGACCAUUCUAGUCGCUUGGAAGAAAGAGAAUCUGAACUUAAGAAAGAGUAUAGUAAAUUACAUGAUCGUUAUACGGAAUUAUUUAAAUCACACGUCGACUACAUCGAACGAGCCAAAAUAAUGAUGGGUAGUUCAUCCCAUUCGCAAAUGGGAUGCACUUCAAAUCGAAUAGAUUUACAGCGUUCCAGAUUACUUCCACCACCUCGCACUUGUAGUUCAGCAUCAUAUGGGUUUGCAUCACUUGAAAAUAACGCGGUUUUUGACGCAGACGUGAUAUGCAGUGAAAGUUGCAGUUCCAGUUCAGGUCCAUCGUCUCUUAAUAAUGAAUUGGAAAAGAAAAUAAUCACACAACAAUCGAUCAUACUCAACAAAUCUACACCAGUAUCACAAGAAAAACCGGAAACGCCUGGUGAACAACCAAUGACGAGACCACCCGUGGGCAAAACUACAACUAAAAAUGAACUUAGAUCAAGCAAUACUCUGUACCAAGAGUUGUCAUUUCAAGACGAAAAUAUCGAAAAUCCUGAAACCGAAAUAACAGGAGGAUGGGUACAUCCCGGAGACUAUGCUUCAUCUGCAAACGAUAACUUUUUUGGUAUGGGCAAAGAGGUUGAAAAUCUAAUUAUGGAAAAUAACGAGUUGUUGACUACCAAAAAUGCCUUGAAUAUUGUAAAAGACGAUCUUAUUGUCAAAGUCGAUGAAUUGACUGGAGAAAUAGAAAUUCUUCGAGAGGAACUAAACGCGGUAAUACUUUCCAGAAACAAGUUGAAAUCUAAGAUUGAAGAAUUGGAAGAUGAGCUGAAGAAAACCAAAACUUUUGUUAAACAAACUUGUAAUGAACAAGAUGAUGAAGGUGAUAUUCCUAUGGCUCAAAGGAAGAGAUUUACACGUGUAGAAAUGGCUCGUGUUCUUAUGGAAAGAAAUCAGUACAAAGAACGAUUUAUGGAACUUCAAGAUGCUGUUCGCUGGACGGAAAUGAUGCGAGCUUCUCGUGUAGAAAGUUUAGAUAAAAAAUCUAAACAAAGCAUCUGGAAGUUUUUUAGUAACUUAUUCAGUUCAAAUGAUAGACCGCUUGAUUCAUCCGGAUCAAGUCAUUUUCAAUCUAUGGAACAAUCGCCCAUAAUAAUGUUAAACAAAGAUGGAGAUAUUCCUAUUUCGGAAAAAAUUACGCAAAGAAAACGAGAGCAGUAUCGACAAGUUAGGGCUCAUGUUCAAAAAGAAGAUGGACGGUUUCAAGCUUAUGGAUGGAGCUUACCUACAACAAAAUCACUGCAAAGCUGCAAUUAUUCCAAAACUAACUGUAUUGUCCCUGUCCCGGUACCUGUUUACUGCAGACCUUUAGCAGAAGCCAGUCCCCACAUGAAAGUCUGGUGUGCCAGCGGUGUAAACUUACAGGGUGGUUUGAAAAAAGAUGGAAAUAGUAUAAUCAAAGACAAUGACAUUUGCAUACAAAAAAACGAAGAGAUAAACGAUUGUUCUCCUAUUGAGACAAACAAUGUUGAGUUGCUUGGUAAGACAGCUGCAUUUAUUGGUAAUAAACUAACCAACAAUACAGAUUUAAGUUCUUUUGUUUGGAUAUGUACCAGUACCCAUGCAGCAAGUACUGUCACUAUAAUUGACGCUAAAAAUCCUGCUGAAGUAUUGGAGUCCUUUUCAGUUUGUCAAAAUCACCUGCUUUGUAUCUGCACAGUGCGUGGUGCGAAUGAAACAGAUUAUGCUCAUAUACAGAAUAGUGAAGUAACUAAUGCAGAUUUUUUAGGAGAGAUGCUUGAAAAUCCAGGAGAACCUCCAGACGAUGUUGGCAAAGUGGUUUUCGUCACAAACGAAGAUAAUAUUUUAAUGGAUGAAUGUGUAAGUGCCAAUUAUUUAUCCAUAGAAACAGAUCAAAUCAAUUGCCAAAAGGAUGUGCCUUUCGAGUCUUUUGGUUGUGUGGCUCAUAAUAAUGAAUCGACUCCAGAAAAUUGCAACAAAUCUGAUAGUUGCCCCAGUUCUGAAGAACGUCAUAUUACAUCUGUUGGGCCAACUAUGUGGAUGGGGGCUCAAAAUGGAAUGCUGUAUGUACAUAGUUCGAUAACUAAAUGGAGCGAUUGUUUGCAUAAAAUUAUGUUACCAGAUUCAAUUCUAUCAAUAGUGCACGUUGAAUCUCGUGUUGUAGUUGCUCUGGCAAAUGGAUCACUAGCCGUAUUUCGAAGACAGCUAAAUGGCUCGUGGGAUGUAAACAAUUAUUACGUAUUAACACUAGGGUCACCAAGGUAUUCAACCAGAUGUCUCACAAUAGUCGGAGACAAAGUAUGGGCUGCACACCGAAACAAGAUUCACGUUGUAGAUCCAAUAUCACUAACUAUCAUUACAUCAUUUGAUGCGCAUCCAAGAAAAGAAAGUCAAAUAAGACAGAUGACUUCAACUGGUUCAGGUGUAUGGAUAUCUAUAAGGUUGGAUUCAACGUUGCGGCUGUAUUCUGCACAAACCUUCUGUCACGUGCAAGAUAUUGACAUUGAGCCGUACGUGUCGAAAAUGCUUGGAACGGGAAAGCUGGGAUUUUCAUUCGUGCGAAUAACAGCCUUACUUGCGGCAUGCAACCGGCUGUGGAUAGGUUAG